UGUUGUAUUCAUUUAGCUGGUUUUAAAUUUUAAACAGCUGUUUUUCCGUCGUAUCUUUAUUGACCUUACCAAAAUUUCUAAUAUCAUUCCAUCAAUUCACCAAUCACCAGCACACCAUCAWUUUUUUCAUCGUCCAUCAUCGUUUUUGCGAGAUCGGGAUUGAUUUGUCGAUUAUUAAAGUCAAGGCACAGACAAAAUAUUAACAACCAACCAUGUUGUCCAGAUUAGCUCUACGUUCAGAACUAUUCCGAGUAGCACCAGUAUGUGCUAGUGUCGUGCGCUCCACACAAACAAAACCAGAAGUCGCUCACACUAAUGAAUCAAUCAUUGUACCGGGAUUCCCCAAACCAAAUGGCCGACCUCAACCAAAUCCGUUUGACGGACCUGAACGUGAUCUGGUGAAUUUUCCCAGAAUGGUGAGGUUAGAAGAACCAGCUAAAACUAGGUAUUUGUUUGUACCAGAAGAGUGGUUCGAAUUAUUUUACAAAAAGACUGGAGUUACAGGUAAUUAUGUAAAACAUAAUCCAUUAGAUGUUCAUUAUUUAUCCAUACUAUUUUCUUUUAGAGUAUAUCAGACUAAUCAAACCAAAAUAUCAUAAUUUAUACUAUCAAUA